GUUGUUGCUAUACAGAACUUAUCAAAUAAUCAGGCAUCAUUUAGGAUUACUGCUACUGCUACAGUCCUAGAGUUCAACCAUGCUGCAAAGAUAAUGAAGAAGCUCAAGCUAGUCGGUACUCCCUGUAAAAUCUUCAAGAAGACGGCAUUCAUUCAGGACAUGUUUACUUCAGAUCUUGAAAUAGCUAGGUUUGAAGGUGCUUCUGUUCGAACUGUUAGUGGAAUUCGCGGUCAAGUGAAGAAGGCUGCUAAAGGAGAGAUUUCUAACAAGCCCUCUAAGAAGGGCGGCAGUAAGGAGGGUGCCAUCGUUAGAUGCACAUUCGAGGAUAAAAUUAAAAUGGGCGACACUGUUUUCUUGCGUGCUUGGAUUCAGGUGGAAGUCCCUCGCUUUUACAACCCUCUGACAACAGCCUUGCAGCCACGUGAUAAGACGUGGCAGGGAAUGAAAACAGUUGCCGAGUUAAGGAGGGAACAUAAUCUUCAAGUGCCAGUUAACAAGGAUUCUCUCUACAGGCCUGUUGAAAGGAGGCCGAGGAAGUUCAAUCCAUUGGUCAUCCCCAAGUCAUUACAAGCAGCUCUGCCGUUCGCAUCAAAACCGAAGGACUUAGCUCCACGAAAACGGCCAUUGCUUGAGAACCGGAGAGCUGUGGUCAUGGAGCCUCAUGAAAGGAAAGUGCACAAACUUGUCCAACACCUUCAACUCCUUAAGACCGAGAAGACAAGAAAACGUAAACGAACGGAGGCGGAAAAGAGAAAGUUGUUAGCAGUGGAGAAAGCAAAGGAAGAGCAGAUCUCGAAGAAGAGACAGCGUGAGGAACGAAGGGUAAGGUACCGAGAAGAGGACAAAAUGAAGAAGAAAAUCCGCAGGAACCCACAAUCAUGACCAUGAAUGGGUUGGGUAACCAGAUUUUUGCUGGCUUCAUGUGCCUUACUGAAAUGCAUUUGUUGUAACCUCUGUGAGUGACUUUCAUUCGGCAGUAUGAAGUCGAAAGCCCCCUUCAUCGAGAAGCAGACGGAUAUGUAGGUUAAAAGCAACGUUAUAGAAGGCGUGUUACGCUCUAUGUCGUUCUCAUCAGUCUAGAUAUUUGAUGGAUGAUGAUCCAUAUUUCGGUGUACUCUUGUAUACAUAGCGUGAUAUAUCUGGAGUUGAAGAAUUUUUUGUAGAAGCUAUUUUUGAAGACUUAAUUUGGAACCUAUCAUUUUCAUUAGAUGGUACCAAAUUAUAAACCUUUGUAGUUUGUAUGACUUGCCAUUUUGACUUUUGACAAAAGAAUUUUGUACUAGCAUGUA